AUCCUGAUUUUUCUAUUUAUGGGUUGUUUAUCUUUUAAUAAUCGAUAAAUUACCCUUAAUAGUAUCCUGAUUUUUUUAUAUAAUUCUUUUAUUAUUACUCUAAUAUUGAUAUUUUAGUGUGUGGUUCAGUGCCUUUUCAUGCAGAAAUUUGCUCAUUUGGGUAAAACAUAUCUGGGUAUUUUUGCAUUUUGUAAAUCCUUCUACAAAUAGCUGUUCCAUUGAUUAUUGGUAUUUGUGUGAUUAAGGUUCUUUUUGCAAUGGGUUAAGAAAACGUGUCGUUUUAUUUGCUUCUAAUUUAAUUUUGCUUGGUAAAAAAAAAAAAAAAAAAACCCACUGAACGAGCUCUUGAAGUAAAGCAAGAGGCAAAAUCUCAGAUUUUUUUUUUAUUUGAAAAAUAUUUGUAUUGAUGAUUGUGUGAACGUGUGCUGGUUUUUAUUCUCUCCAAAAGUUAGGAACUUGACUUUUGACUAGUAUCCUUUUUACUAGUAUAUGUUGGGAUUAUGGGAAAGAUCAACAUCACAUUUUUAAUGAAUAAAAAUUUUAAGGAAUCCACUUUCUUCCAUUCUUUACAAUUUGUCAUUUGUGUUUUUCUAAGAGGGGUAAAAUUGUUUGAUUAAUGGAGUGUUAUUUACUUUAUUUGUCCCGUUUAGAUUGCUACAAAUAAGCUUAAAAGCUCACGUUGAUAAGUCUAAUGUAGCAAUUUAGGUGGAAUGGAAUGGAACAUUAUGCUUUUUUUUUUAUUUUCUCAAUUUUUCAAAUUACAAAAGAUAAUAUAGGAUUUGAUGUUUUGAUGGAUCCAUUGAGGUUUGGAAUCAAUGAAGAUUUUUAAUAUGAUGGGGUCUUCUUAGAUCUAUAAUGAUUUGGUGGGCAUUAUUUUUUUGUAAUUUGCAAGAUUUUUAAAAAGAUUUAAAGAAAAGGUUUAUGGGUUUAUUUUGUUGGCUGUAAAAAGAAUGAAAAGUAAAAGCUUUCAAUUCAUUUUGGGUGACUAAUAGACUAGUUGCCACAAAUAAUUGGAGAGAGAGAGAGAGAGAAAGUAGGGAAGAGUUGUGGCCUUGUGGGUUUAUUGGAUGUUCUUAAAAUAUGAAACACCCAAUCCACUCUAUGGUGCAAUAAUGUAAUAUGAAGAGGUUCAUCUAAGCUGAAAGUGAGAUGAUGAAUCAUGUUUUGGUAUAAAUUAAGGCAUCAUGAAGAUUUUAUGCUGCACAAUUGCUGAUUAUGCUUUGGUACUUGUUCUUUAGAAUUCAAGGUUUGUUGGGAUUUGAUACUGGCAAGAUCUUGUAUGUUCUGGAGCUUGAGGAUUAAUCUAGUUUCAAGAUAAAUUCAUAAACGCGAUUUCGAUGAUGGAAUUGAAUCCAAAAAGUCCCAUCUUGUGGGAUUGGGAAAAUUACGUUAUGUACGAAUUGAAAGGUUCUGAAGCACCCAAGAAAUCGCAGUUAGUAGAGUCUGAAAUUGAGGGAAUCGAAGGAUUUGAAAGCGGUUCUUUCUGUUCGUCUGGAGGUCGUAGUGAUGUUGGUACUGGUUCUGAUUUGGGAUAUGUUUCCUCUUCGAGAAGCUCAAAAUCGGCUUCUAUCGAUUCAUCUACAGAUAGAGAGCUCAAAGGAACCCAAUUUUCAUUGGUUAGUAAUUAUGGGACAACAAAAACUUCCCCAACAAUCGAAAGCUCAGCUGCAUCAGGUGAAUCUUUGAUCGCUUUGGAACUUGGGAAGCGGACUUACUUUGGAGACGUUUCUGGGGCUAAUAAUGUGAAGAACAUUGCUCGGACUUCUGUUCCUCCUGAUUCCGUUGGUAAGAAGUCAAAAUCUACACCCGUUAGCACAGAGUCUCCGUGCUGCCAAGUUGAAGGGUGCAGUCUUGAUCUUUCGUCUGCGAAAGAUUACCACCGGAAGCAUCGAGUCUGUGAAAAUCACUCGAAAAGUCCAAAGGUCGUAAUAAAUGGACUCGAACGAAGAUUUUGUCAACAAUGCAGCAGGUUCCACAGCCUUUCAGAAUUCGACCAGAAGAAAAGAAGCUGCCGCAGGCGUCUUUCUGAUCAUAAUGCACGCCGCCGGAAGCCAAGGCCAGAGGUCAUUCAAUUCAACACUAUGAGACUGACAUCCUCUUUAUAUGAGGGCAGGAAUUCACUGAAUUUUUCUUUCGACCAGGUACCAAUGCUUCAGACUAGGCCUGGUACCUGGGGUAGUGCAAAUGAUUCCAAGGUUACGCUGGCAAAACCUGGUGUGCCUUCUAACAUGAAAUCGGUGGCCUAUAAUGAGCUGCAUGCAUCCCACACUGCUCUCCAAAACCCGACAACCAACGAAGUCUCUUCUUUUUCGGCUCGGUUGAUGCCAUCUAAGGGUGGUGAUUCAUCUGACGUCUUCCAGCGAGGUUUACCCGUCUCCUUGGCACCACUGAACAACUUGGCUGCGGCUCAAGAUUUCCGUGCUCUCUCUCUUCUGUCAACAAAUUCAUGGGGUUCAUGUGACCCGGAACCUUCAAUACUCGAUCAUUCUAUGCAUACAAAUCACGUCUCCUUGACUCAGCCAUUACCUGCCAUGCAUACAGCGUCUCUGGGUGGCCCUCCCAUUUCUUCGGAGUUUUGGCAAGUUGAUCAGCCAUCCACUUCUGGGUCUGGCUCGCAGCCUUCGACUUUCGAGCUGUUCAAAGCACCGAACGAGUCCAACUUUUAUCAUUACUAGCUUGCCCUCGGUGAUGCAGAGUAGUUUUCAUGUGAUUGAUGUUAUUAAUGCAGACAUGAAGGGGAUUUUCUCAUGCUAAACCAUUAAGUUUAUCAAGUUAUAUUGUGGUUAGGUACGAACAUAUUAGCUAAUUUUUUUAGGUAAAUGUUCUGAAUUUUUAAACACUUGAAAGGAUUUUUCAAGUUGCA